UCUACUUCUUCUUCUUCUCCAUCUCUCUCUCUCUCUCUCUCUCUCUCUUUCUCUGAUCAGAAAUCGGAAAUGGGCAAUCUGGCGCACCUCGAGAAAAUGGGCAGAGAACUCAAAUGCCCAAUAUGUUUGAGUCUGUUUAGUUCAGCCGUUUCGCUGAAUUGCAAUCAUGUCUUCUGCAACUCUUGUAUUGUGAAAUCAAUGAAAUCGGGUUCCAAUUGUCCUGUUUGUAAGAUCCCAUUUCAGCGGAGAGAGGUUCGCCCUGCUCCUCAUAUGGACAAUUUGGUUAGUAUUUACAAAAGCAUGGAGGAUGCUUCGGGUAUUAACAUGUUUAUGACUCAAAGUGCGCUGUCAGCUAAAUCAUCAGAUGGAAAGCAGCAAGCUGAAGAUGAGAACCCUGAUGAUCAAGAUCCUCCUAAACUUUCUCAGAAUAGAGCUGGGAACAGGAGAACCGUAAGAGGGAAAAGAUCAUGGAAAACUAAAUCCAAUCUAAAGAACUCUGAAUCUGUUUCAGUUAAGCCUUCAUUUCCAACCAAGAAAAGGGUUCAGGUUCCACAAUGUCCUCCUUCAGAAACCCCUACACAGCCUAAACAGUUACCGGGUGGUUUUAUUGAUGAAAAGUCGAAGCAGGAGUCUACAACACUAAAGGAGAAGCCUGUUUUAAAUGAAAAGGGAGAACUGGUGCUUUCACCUUUCUUUUGGUUGAGUGACAAAGAUGCUGAAAAUUUGAGUCAGCCUUCUAGUGGUGAUCAGCUUAAUGAUAUUCCAUCUCCCAAUGUUCCUACUUUCAGUGAUAUCAAGGACUCAGAUGAUGAAGACUGUUCUAGAUUGAGCCCACUGGGCAAAGUGCAGGGGAAAUCUUCCAAUGUUGCUGAUUUUUUUGAUAGUGAAAUGUUCGAAUGGACGCAAAGGCCGUGCUCCCCUGAGCUCUUUGCAAGUCCUUCUAAGAUGCAGGUUGUGGAUAGUGAUCAAAUUGAUAGAAUUCAAGUGAAGGAACUAAAAGAAGCUUUACUAAACAAGAAAAUAGGUGAACAAGUCACUGCUGAAAAAGAAAGGUCCAGAAAUUCUAGACAGAGUAGUGGAAACUUAAUCUUGCUGCCUGAUCUUCCACAUGAUAAAACUGAAUAUGCUAAUCAUCAAUUUCUUUGCAAGCCAUCUAACAAGAGAGGCAGACAAGCAAGAAAAAUAGCUAAAAGAAAGUGUGCUACAAGUCAUAUGGACCUGGUUGAGAAUAGUAGUGCUAAUUUGAAGGGUUCUGAAGAUUUUUAUCAAGAACACGGCUGCAAGAAUAGUGACAGUUCUAUGGCCAAGGCUGGCAAAAGGAAUAAGAAAGCUCAUCUGUCUCGGCUCGCAACUAAGCCAACAUGUGAAAGUGUUUGCAUCCUCUCUAUUGGUGCUGAAAGGCAGAAUGAAGGCAGUGCUGAGAAGGGGUUAACUGAAUUACCUACUUCACUAGAAAAGAAUGAAGGCAGUGAUGAAACUUUUGCCCAGGAGAAGGCUAAGAAAAUAUGUACGGAGAUAAAUGCCAAGAACCAGAUGUGUCGCUCUGUAAGGUCAAGGAAACAAAAGGUGGUCUCUAUGCCCAACAUACUUGAUGAGGUAUCGGAAAUCAAGAAGCAAGCAAAUAAGAAUACUACAACUGAGUCGUCCCAUGUAACUGUCCCUACAGAUGAUAACAGGAAAGUCUCUGACGUCAAGACUAUAUCCACAAAACUUGCUAGCGAAGCCAAGUCAUCUGAUCGAGAAUUGAAAUUCAACAAAAGGGUCAGAGUUUCCUCUGGUGAUGACUCAAAGGAUAAGGAGGUAUCAGAGAUCAAGAAGCAAGCAAAUAAGAAUGCUCCAACUGAGUUGCCCCUUAGAAAUCUCCCUACAAAUGUUAGCAGGGAACUAUCAGGAGUCAGAAAACGUGCUAGAGAAGCCAAGUCAUGUGAUCGAAAAACUACCAAAAAGUUGAGAGUUUCCUUUGAUGACAAUUCAAAAGAUGAGGCUGUUAUUGAGAUUCGAGAGGGUCAACAUAAUGUUAAUGAAAAUGGUAACCAACCCUCUGAGAAGAGCAAAGGCAAUUCCAAUGCUAGAAUUUUUACUGACCGAUCAUCAACGCAGAAGCUUCCUACAUUGAAGAAUGAUGUGGUUUUGAGGAGAUGUGAUGCCGUUACUAGUAACAUUCAAUGUGCCUUUUGUCUUUCAUCAGAAGAAUCAGAGGCAUCAGGAGAAAUAGUUCACUAUUAUAAUGGCAAGCCUGUUGCUGCAGAUCACAAUGGAGGGUCCAAGGUUAUACAUUCACACAGGAACUGCACUGAAUGGGCUCCCAACGUAUAUUUUGAAGAUGAUAUUGCUAUGAAUCUUGAAGCUGAGCUAACUAGAAGUCGUAGAAUUAAAUGUUGUUGCUGUGGAAUUAAAGGAGCAUCUCUUGGGUGUUAUGAGAAGAGUUGUCGUAAGAGCUUUCAUGUUAGCUGUGCAAAGAUGACUCCUGAAUGUCGAUGGGAUUCUGAUAAUUUUGUUAUGUUAUGCCCCAUUCAUGCCUCUUCUAAGUUGCCAAAUGAAAGUUCUGAAUCUGAAGCAAGGAGGAAGAAGAGCAACCCUAGAAAACAACCUGGUGCUGAUCAUAAUAAAGUUGCUGUUAAACAAGACAGCAAUACCUGUCAGGAUCUGAAAUUUUGUGGAUCAUCCAAGAAAUUGGUUCUCUGUUGUUCAACUCUCACAAAUGCAGAGCGGGAAUAUGUUGCAGAAUUUGAAAAAUUAUCUGGAGUUACAGUCUUAAAGAAGUGGGACUCUAGUAUCACACAUAUUGUUGCGCCAAUAGAUGAAAAUGGAGCAUGCAGAAGAACCCUCAAAGUAUUGUUGGGAAUCUUGGAGGGGAAGUGGAUACUGAGCAUGGGAUGGAUUAAAGCUUGCAUGGAAGCCAUGAAACUAGUGAAUGAGGAGCCUUAUGAAAUUAGCGUUGACAUUUAUGGAAUCAGGGAUGGCCCUCGACUUGGUAGACUAAGACUGCAGAACAAGGAACCAAAGCUUUUUGAUGGGCUUAAGUUUUACUUCAUGGGAGAUUUUGUACCUUCAUACAAGGGGUAUCUACAAGACCUUGUAAUAGCUGCUGGAGGAAUUGUUUUGCACAGAAAGCCUGUUCCAGAGAGCCAGAAAGGGUUGUCUGGAAGCCCCCUCGAAUGUCGAACCUUCAUUAUCUUUAGUCUUGAGCUACCUGAUCAAUGUCAUCCUAGCAAGAAGGGUACCAUUUUCAACCAAAGGCAGGCGGAUGCAAAGUCUUUGGCAAGUUCUGCUGGAGCCAAUGUAGUAAGCAAUUCAUGGAUUUUGAACUCUGUUGCAGCCUGCAAGUUACAAAAUCUCUCUUAA